AUGAGAGUUGGCGUCUUCAAAGAAGAGGUGAUCGAAGUCCUAUACGCGAACGAACUCUGCCUCAUUUCAGAGAAUAACUCCUCGUCAGGUCUUGAUGACUCCAACAGUUGCAAUCUGCAAAUCAGUGAGUCCGAGAAUGUGAAGAAUUCAGUGUCAAUCGAUAACAUCAAACCGACUGAGCUCUUUGUCUUCUGA